CUGACAUGGAAGCCCCAGAAUUCGCGAUUUCAUUUCUUUCUAUUAGAUGUUGAUUUAAAUGGGUCUAUACAAGAACAUCCAGGGGGCGUAGAUACAUGCACCUACAGGGUUUCUUCGCCCUGUGAGUGGAUACCCCAGCCUCGUUGUGAACAUGGUCGCAAAAUAUAAAUCGAAAUAAAACCUCUCCGCUUCCCUGUACGACUUCCGAACCAAUCCUGACGUCGACGCUGCGUUAUUUCAUAUGUUCUGGAACAGAUUCAUGGACUGAGAACUUCGCAAUACCGAAUCUGCUACACGAGCAGGCAUUGUAACGGUGAUGGAACCAUGCUACAUUGAUCCAAAAGUAUUCAAUAUGGACCUGGCCGAAUCUGUGUCUCAGCUAGCUGGUGCCUGUCAUUACAAUUCAACAACUCCAAUUGUAUUCGGUGAGGAAAUACAGCCUGUAGAAUGGCAAGUCUUGGUUUUUGCAAUCCUUGCAUUGGCAAUCAACUCCAUGGCGCAGCCGUCGGGAUACAUAGAGCCCUCAAUUCCAACGCGUUUUCGUUUGUACCUUUGCAGCUCUCCAAUAGUCUGCACAUGCGAUGCUGUCGCAAUGGUUGUGCAACUCCUGACGACGAUGAUCCACCUUUGGAUCCCACUCUCUUCCGCGCUUGCCGUGGUUGUUUAUGAGCGUUCUGAGAAUAUGAUCGACGACCUUGGACUUGAUGGUAAAGAAGAUGACAAGGACAAAACCUAUUUGAGUUCCGUCUGGCCCCGGUGGUUAUUUUUUAUACUUGGUGUUCUGCCGCCGAGUAUCAAACUUGCUUCUUUCUCUGGAACCCCUUGGACGAAAAUAUUUGGCAUGAUGUUCUUGGUAUCAUUCUUGAUAAUAGAGCUUUUCAACUUGACUGCUUUCAGUGUUCUACGAAAGCGAUUGUCAGCAGUAGACCACACUUUUAAGAGCCUGAGGACCAUCAGAAGGGGAACUGCUGGAAAGUGGGAGAUGCCACCAUCGCUGGCUAUAUCCCUGUUUAAGGCAAAAUCCAGCUCAGUCUCGACGAGUCUUUUUCUAGCCAGCCAACCUGUUGAUCGCAAAGGGAGUCUUGGCGAUGAUGCCGCAGGACGAGGUUUCACCCGGGCUCUGCGAAUGAUUGCAACAGUCUCCUUUGGUAUUGCCUUGAUGGUACAUCUAGGCUUACUUGUCUGGGCCAUCGAAAGUAUCUGGCUCACAGCUAACAUCAGCAUCAGAGCAAAUUCAGCUUGCAAAAUCCCCGACAACCUUGCAGUGCUGUUCCUCAGCCUUGCAAUGGGGAGCUUGGAAAUGAUGGAAGAGUCAAUCAAGAUCGGUGAGGUACAGAAUACCUUUGCUUUGGCGGCCCGACUCCCAAUAAUUCCAAUACCGGACAUCACAACCAUCAAUGAGACCCUGAUCAGUACGCAAUCAUCUUUAAAACAAGGAUCCUGUCAUCUCGACUUGCAAUCUGCUAUACGUCUUCUCAAGUUCAUGCAGGCUGCUACUUACCCUGCCUCAAGCCUCGAACCAAAUAUCCCAAGUUGUGACUAGCUUCGAGGGGAGAAUUGGAACAUACUGUAGCGAGCCACCGCUCUUGAAGACCAUGUCGAUCUUGACAGCCUUCAUGUUCCUGGUACUUAUGCCACCAGUCGUUACUCUUGAGCUUCAAGUCUUGCUCGGGUGGGCGAAUCCACGGUGGAAGAUUGUCGCUGGCAAGCUCUGGACCUGGAUUCUCUUCGGCAUGGGAGCAUGGCUGGUUAUGCCAGUACAUUAUCAAGAGAGCCUAUAUGGUUUUCCAGAGUACAGGCUCCGUGCUUGUGUUUGUAUUUGUGUCGUAUGUUACUUCUCCGCCUGGCAAUUCAUUUUGGAGUGGGCAUUCAGACGAGAGCCGAGAAUUGGGAGUGUUUUGCUUGUACCAUGGCACCCUGCGAGAGAGAAGAUGAAAACUAAAGCGAAGGCAUUCGCGGGAAGAGUAGCGGACUUAAAUGGUGACGAAAUCUUCGAGAUGGAGCCGCUUAUAGAGCGGGAUGUGACUGAAGCUGAUGUCAGCGAGAGCAUGAACGACGUGGAGCUAGGACAGGUAUCUGAGCCGGAGAUCAAGCAGAAGAUCGACAGAUUUGAGUUGAGCGGCGAGCCUUUCGCUCUCUGCUUCUUCGUAACUAAUAUUGUGGUCCUUGUCCUAUGGUAUGCCUAUAUGUACGAUCAGACAAAAACCAUCAAUCCAGGAUGGACUCAUGUGUUUGGAGAAGCUAGAUAGGUCAUAGCCAUGCUGCAGGAGCUCAUCGCUUACAAUGAUAAAUGAAAAAGUUGACCAUAGUAGAGAGGACGAUGAACAUGAAGGCAAUGCAGGAAAAUUGUCGCCGAACACACUCUGGCCGCCCCGAUAAUCUCAAAGUCGAGACCCGU